GGGCUUGAGUUGUAAUUGUGUGCUCCUUGUUCCGCCAACUGCACCCUUAUCAAAUAUCUUCUAUCCAAAAGUGUCCGAAGUCUUUUUCAUUGCUCCCCUUUCACAUCCUAAUGAGGCCUGGUUCUUUGGAGGGAGAAGGUACUCAUUUAGAAGCAUCAUGUUUAGGAGCAAAGAACAAGUUACAGCUGAACUGGUCUACCAGCAGACUGCUACUGUUCGUGGCAAGUCCUAAUCUCCCUUCCGUUUUCCUUGGCGUUAUUCUUGGCUUUGAAACUCAUCAAAUCUUUCACUGGGCCUAAAUAGGGAGAAAAAUAUUUUUAGCUGUGUAGUUGAAUAGAAUCAGCUCACCAAAGCCACCAGUAAGCAUUGGAACUUGUGUGGGGGAGAGAGGAAUAGGACUUGCCCCUUCUUGGCAGUGGCAAAUUGAGAGAGAAAGAGAAAAGCUGCAAGUGGUAGAAUUGUGGCUCGAAAUAUAUUGACAGAACAUUUUGAAAGAAGCCUUUUGUGCCUCUUCUCUGGCUUACAUCUAGCAUUUUAUGCUCUCAGUAAACAAAAUCUGUGUGGCAAAACGCCUUUCUAGUAAACUAUUUCUUUUUAAUGUGGAUGUUUACAGGUACACAUGAGAAAAGAUGUAACUGAGCAUGUGCUGUUUUUGAGGAAUGAAAAACCAAAAGAAAAAGUGGAAGGAAGAUUAGCUGUGCAUUCCUCCCACCUUCCUGUUAAGAAUUACUUUACUAAAUGGAUAACCAGGCAUUUGAAAUGCACGGAGAGAGCAUACCAAGUUCUUCAAAAACAGCAGAAUGGCCAAAGAAAGAGGAAAGAAAGAGCUACUGCUCCCUAAUGAAAAUCUUUCUAGUCUGUCUGUUGGCCUGUAUUAUCACCACCACAAUAGGAGUGCUGGUCCUGUCCUUGAUCUAUGCAGAAAGCAUUGGCUUUGUAAAAGAGACAGUUGUUAAAAACCGUGACACAACCUCCCCCAAAAUAGAUGAAAAAGAAGUGGAUGUCAAAUUCCGGUUCCUGAAUCAGCUGGGAAAAUCAAAGGUACAUCAUUUCCCAGGUGGUGAUAUUCAGUGGGCAAGAUUCAGGAAUGAUGUAAAUGAAUAUCAAAGUGUUGAAGAAAUGGAAUUUGGAAAAAGUAUCAAUAACUUUCGCUCUAAAAUGACUUUUGGAACCUUACGGAUCAAGAGCAAUGGGCUUCGGGUUCCCCACUGGCAUUUUAAUGCUAAUGAACAUGGCUACCUGCUAAAGGGUACUGCCUGGAUUGGAGUAGUUGAUGCAGAUGACAGCGUGGUUACCACGUACAAUGUCACAGCUGGCCAAGUGAUCUUCUUCCCUAGAAACACUUUGCAUUGGAUAAAGAAUGUAGGAAAAGAAGACUGUCUGUUCUUACUGUUUUUUACAACACAUGAAGAACUUAAGACGUUGGAUGUAGAUGAUGCAUUUUUCUCUACCCCAGAAGAUAUAGCAGCAAGAGCAUUAAAGCCACAGGGUGGAGUUAACUUUAUCAGAACAUUCAAGAAGCAAACAGAAGAUCAGGCAAUUAACCUCCCCCCAAAUUUACAAGAGCUUGUACACAAUGCCAGCUAUGUGCAAUCUCCAGACCACCUUGUAUGGCGGUACUUCUAUGACCUCAAAGGGUCAGCAGAAUAUCCUUUUCCAGGAGGAAUCUUCAAGUGGGCUCGCUACCGCAUAAAUGGAACUGGAUUAAAUGAGACAGAGAAAAUUUUUAGUGAGUCACUGAAUAAGCAUGAAAAUACUCUUACCUUAGCAACUCUCAGAAUAUUCAGCAAUGGACUGGGGCAGCCUCAUUUCCACUUCAACGCUAAUGAGAUGGGUUACGUCAUUAGUGGCUGUGGAAAGGUUGGGGUUAUUGCAUCUGAUGUCACCUCCAACUUCAACAUUGACAUUGGAGAUGUCAUAUUUUUCCCUGUUGGAAGCCAACAUUAUAUCAAGAGCGUAUGUGAUGAGGAUUUACUUUUGAUUCUAGCCUACAGUACAGGCAACCAGCUGGAAACUCUUCGUAUGAAUGACUACUUCCAUAAAACAGCAGAUCAUAUCCUUGCUCAGCUUUUUUUCAAGGAACAGAAUGAGUUUAAAAAGAUCCCAAAGGCUUCUUAAAAAUCAGGCAAAUAACCUAUGUUAGCAUUUAAUCACUCCAAGUAUUUUUCACGAUUGCGGUAUUUCUUGCAGUACUUCCUGGUACCUUUCCUGCUAUUUAUCCAGAGGUGUUCAGAAAACAAAAGAAUUUCAGGUCAUUACUUAUAAAAAGUUUUUUCUAUUUGUAUUUUUUAACUGGUUGUAUUUAUAGUGCAAUGUAAUUUUAUUGUAUAUCAAAGUAACUUCUGCAAUUGCCUUUUGCUCUCUGUAUCAUCCAUGAUCCCCCUUCCUCUCUUCCCUCACAGUACUGAAGUUUACAUUGAUUUUCUGUAUUGUUGACAGCACUCUAUCUAGUGAUGCAUAAAUACAGUGUGUUUACACAACUCUG